AUGGGUUUUGAGAAAGGAAAUGCGAGAGAGGACACACCACUUCUCGGCAACGGAACACCAUUGUCGGGUCAUUUCAAGACCUUCGCUAAUGUCUUCAUAGCUAUUGUCGGAGCCGGUGUGUUGGGUCUUCCUUACGCCUUCAAACGAACCGGAUGGCUCAUGGGUUUGCUCACGCUCUUCUCUGUAGCGGCUCUGCUCAAUCACUGUAUGAUGCUUCUUGUUCACAUUCGCCGAAAGCUCGGUGUAUCCAAUAUCGGAUCUUUUGGGGAUCUUGGAUUCGCUGUCUCUGGUCCAAUCGGGAGGUUCGUCGUUGACAUUCUUAUAAUUUUGUCUCAAGCUGGUUUCUGUGUCGGAUAUCUCAUCUUUAUCGGUACUACUUUAGCUAAUCUGUUUAACCAAACCACAACCGAAACUCUGAGUGUGAGUCUAAGGCAUUUAAUGGCUGUGUCUCAUAAGAGCCUCUACAUAUGGGGAUGCUUUCCGUUUCAGUUAGGUUUGAAUUCCAUUAAGACGCUUACUCACUUGGCUCCUUUGAGUAUAUUCGCUGAUGUGGUUGAUCUGGGAGCAAUGGCGGUUGUGAUUGUUGAAGAUGUGAAGAUUACAGUUGAGCAAAGACCUGAAGUUGUUGCCUUUGGUGGUUUGUCUGUGUUCUUUUAUGGUAUGGGUGUAUCUGUUUACGCGUUUGAGAUCGUGGGAAUGGUUUUGCCUCUUGAAUCGGAGAUGAAAGAUAAGGACAAGUUUGGUAAAGUGUUGGCUCUUAGCAUGUUAUUCAUCGCUGUGGUAUAUGGAGCUUUUGGUGUGUUAGGUUAUAUGGCUUUUGGAGAUGAGACAAUGGAUAUAAUUACAGCUAACUUAGGGACAGGAACAGUGAGCAGUCUUGUUCAGCUUGGACUGUGUAUUAACCUCUUCUUUACUUUCCCUUUGAUGAUGAAUCCUGUGUAUGAGAUUGUUGAGAGACGUUUCUGGAGUGGAAUGUACUGUAUUUGGCUCAGAUGGGUUCUGGUCUUAGCAGUGACGCUUGUGGCUCUUUUGGUUCCAAACUUUGCUGAUUUUUUGUCAUUGGUGGGAAGCAGUGUUUGCUGUGCGUUAGGCUUUGUGUUGCCUGCUUUGUUUCAUUUUAUGGUUUUCAAGGAAGAAUUAGGAUGGAAACAACGAGCUUUGGACGCAGGGAUCGUGCUACUUGGUGUUGUUCUUGCUGUUUCAGGUACUUGGAGUUCUCUCAGUGAGAUCAUUAACUGA